UGCCAGCGGCGCGCCUGGGCAGCAUGCUCCGGGUGCUGCUCCUCGGCGUGCUGGCUCCCGCCAGCCUGGGGUUCCCGGCGCCCUCUGGGCCGCAGCCCCGCGGCAGCCAGUGCGUAGAACACGAUUGCUUCGCGCUCUUCCUGAGCCCUGCGACUUUCCUCGCCGCCAGCCAGACCUGCGAGCGCCUGCAGGGCCACCUGAUGACCGUGCGCUCCUCGGUGGCGGCAGAUGUGAUCUCCCUUCUGUUGAGCAGCAACGGCGGCAACAGCCCGCGCCUCUGGAUCGGCCUGAAGCUGCCAGACGGCUGCCACGACGCGGGACGCCUCGGGCCCUUGCGCGGCUUCCAGUGGGUUACGAGCGACAACCGCACCAGCUACAGUAGGUGGGCCCAACCCGACCGUAACGCAACGUCCCUCUGCGGCCCGCUGUGCGUUGUGGUCUCCGCAGCAGAGGCCCCUGGGCCGGGAGAGCAGGCCUGGAAGGAGGAGUCGUGCACCACGGAGGUCGAGGGUUUCCUCUGCGAGUUCCACUUUGCAGCUUCUUGCAGGCCCCUGACCAUAGAGCCCGGUGCAGCAGCGGCGGCCAAUGUCUCGAACACCUACAGCACCCCGUUCGGGGCCCGCGGCGCGGACUUCCAGGCGCUGCCAGUGGGCAGCUCUGCCUCGGUGGCCGCCCUCGGCCUGGAGCUGGUGUGCGCUGUGCCUCGUCAGGGGUCGGCCGAGGCGCGCUGGGGCAGGGAGGCACCGGGCGCCUGGGACUGCCGCGUGGAGAACGGUGGCUGCGAGCACCGGUGCAAUGGGAGCGCCGGACCGCCCCGGUGCCUCUGCCCCGCCGACGCCGCCCUGCGGGCUGACGGGCGUUCCUGCGCUGCGCUCAGUGCGCUCUCGUGCAAUAACCUCUGCGACCACUUCUGUGUCCCAAACUCCGAGGUGCCCGACGGCUACACAUGCAUGUGCGAGACCGGCUACCAGCUGGCCGCCGACCAGCACCGGUGCGAGGACGUGGACGACUGUAUGCUGGAGCCCACCCCGUGCUCGCAGCGCUGUAUUAACACGCAGGGCGGCUUCACUUGCAAGUGCUUCCCGGGCUAUGAGAUGGUGGACGGCGAGUGCGUUGAGCCUGUGGACCCGUGCUACGGUGUGAACUGCGAGUACCAGUGCCAGCCCCUGGGCCACACUGGCUACCGCUGUGUCUGCGCCGAGGGCUUUGCGCCCAACCCCCUCGACCCGCACAGAUGCCAGAUGUUCUGCAACGAGACGGCCUGCCCCGCGGACUGCGACCCCAACAGCCUGGACAGCUGUCAGUGCCCAGACGGCUACAUCCUGGACGAGGGCUCCAUGUGCACAGACAUUGACGAGUGCGAAAACGGCGACUGCACGGGCGAGUGCCACAACCUCCCCGGCAGCUUCCGGUGCAUCUGCGGGCCGGACUCGGCCCUCGCCGGCCAGGCUAGCACCCAGUGUGACCUCACCACGGUGAGCAGCACAGACGACAGCGGCUCUGGAGAGCCGCCGGCCAGCUCGGCGCCCAGCACCACCUCGGGCCCCCCGGCCUCGGGGCCUGUGCAUUCGGGCGUUCUCAUCGGCAUCUCCAUCGCUAGCCUGUCCCUGGUAGUUGCGCUUUUGGCACUCCUCUGCCACCUGCGCAAGAAGCAAGGCGCCACGCGGGGGGACCUAGAGUACAAGUGUGCGGCCCCCGCCAAGGAGGUGGUGCUGCAGCACCUGAGCACGGAACCGACCCCUCAGAAACUCUGAGUCCUGGCUGCCCUCCCGGGGCCAGGGCCGGGGUGUUGGUGUGGCCUCUCCCUCCCUGCUGUGCCUCAGCCCCUCCCCCCAGCCCCCCAGCCUUGCUCCUUGGCUAAACGAAAGCACCCUAGCUGCGACAGAACUGGAGAAGAGCCUCCCUCCGAAGCUUCUUCCAUUGAUUCCAGGCAGGACUGGGGAGUGAAGGAGGCCCAGCCUCACCUUCCUCCACGACGUCUCCGGACAACUGGACAAAGAGGAAAAUUUGCUAUUAAGACUCAGAUUGCAAAGUGCUUCCAAGCACUCGCCCCGGGCCCAGGAGUCCGCAGCCUUCUCAGCAGGUCUGUGCCCUGUGGACUCAACCAGUGGACUAGUGAGUGUAAUCGGUGUGUAGAUGAUGACCAAAAUAUUUAUUUUUUUAAGUAUUAGAAUUUUUUUUUCCUUUGCUUUCUUCUCUAUCUUUAUGUCUCAGAUGCCCAUUUUGUAUCUUUCACUUGUCAUAUGGCAGUUAAACUACUCGGGCGAAUUGUUUUCCAGCCCUCAGGCUUCUGUGAAGCGCUGCCCUGUGUUCCCCCUCCUUUCUCCUAGUUUUCCCCUCUCAGGAAAUGGGGCCACCCACCCAGCCUGAGUCACCCUACUGGUGUCUAACCCCACUUCUGAACACCUCUGUGAGACAGAUACGGCCCGUUUUAUUACUAAAAAUAAAACGUGUGGAGCAUUUGCUUUUCACCAGAUUUGCUAAUACUAACAAAGGUGAAGGUGCGAGAGGCUCUGGUGAAGUUAAUGUUGCUGUACCGUCAUGGAAAUUAAACCCAAGGAAUUUUUUUUUAAUUUAAAAUUUUUUAAACAGUGAGUCUGAAUUUUAUUAUUGUUGUUGUUUUGAUUUGGACUGAAAAGUGGUAAUUGUUGCUAAGUUUCUUAUGCACUUCUUUUUCAUUCUUCUUCUUAUUAGUUAUUUUUGACCAUGUUGGAAACGUUCCUGAUGGAGAGAGGAGAGAAGCCCUGCCCAGGCGGUGGGGGAGGAACAUUUUGAGCUACAUGAUUCAUUACCUUUUGAACUCUCACUUCUCCUCUGUCACUCCUAGACAAAGGGUGAAAAUAAAACGAGGCCUAUUUUUUACUGGUUUUGUGGAAUCUGGGAGCUUGGGAAUGGAGCCUGGAUGAUGCUCAGUUAGGGCCUCACAUUGAUCAGGCCCUUGAGAAUUUCACCCCAAUUUUUACAGGGGCUUUCCAGCCUCUGGCCAUUCCACUCACUGGGACUAUCAUCCCUGUACAAGAAAGGUGGCUCUCCCCUGGGAGCUGGUUAGAACUGCAGGGCUUCAGGCUCUGCCCCACCUACUGCAGGAGACUCUGUACUUUGACAAGAGCUGCACUGGUUGUCAGCCCAGUAAAGUUUGAGGACUAUUCCAGACAGCUUCCAAGCUUCUGCGAUACAUUAAAUCUGGGUCAGUAAUAAGUAGCAGGCCAAGUCUACUUUAUUCUCAAGAAACUGAGGAAUCUUCAUUUUAUAGCUUUGCUUUCUGGUAGGAAAGACUAGGUACACAUCUCUAGAUGUUGUUAAGCAGGGUAAAGAAGAGCUCGUGGUUCAGUUAAGCUAGAACAAUGAAAUCAUGCUUCCGUGUAUGGAAAAAAGUGUAUCUUUUGCAAUGGCAAGGGAUUUCCUCUGUGAUUUUGUAAACUCAGCACAUUUGUACAUAUUUAUUUAUUGGAAAUAAACUAGAACACAGGCAAAAAAAAA